AUGACAUCUUCAUCCGAUACAGACUUUACAUUGAAGGACGAAAGUCCGUCCUCAUCACAAUCAAGACAAGAUCUCGAGUCCAACAAGCAAAAUGAACAAGAUACUCAGCUUUACCCAGCUGAUGCUCUCUCUACCCCGCGACAAAUACUCUUUGUUGGCACUCUAUGCACCGCCAUGUUUACGAACCAAGUUGGCUUGGGCAAUACUCUCACGACCGUUGGUAUCAUCGGCGAAUCGUUCGGCAUCACCAACUCCGGUCAACUGUCCUGGCUCAUAGCUGGCUACAGUUUGACCAUCGGCACUUUCAUACUCAUCGGAGGCCGCCUUGGUGAUGAAUUUGGAAACAAAAGACUGUUCGUCAUAGGCAUGGCCUGGUACUCACUUUGGUCUCUCGUAGCCGGUCUCUCGAUAUAUUCAUCGCACGUUCUCUUCGUUUUCGCUCGAGUGUUUCAAGGCAUGGGUCCUGCUCUCACACUGCCCAAUGGUCUGGCUAUCUUAGGGCGAUCAUACUCACCUGGACCGAAGAAGAACAUGUCCUUCGUAUGGUUCGGUGGAGCUGCUCCUUUGGGUGCCAUCGCGGGUUUCACGUUCGGGGGUCUGUUUGCGUUGGUUUGGUGGCCUUGGAUAUAUUGGAGUCAGGCAAUUGCACUUGCUUGCGUAGCCGCUUUCGCUGCUUGGGCGAUUCCUCCUAUCCCUGUCGAUCCGAACGAGAAGCCACGGACGAAGUGGGAAAGAGUAGAACGCUUAGACUUGGCUGGAGGAUUGACUGGCGUUACGGCUUUAGUUCUGUUCAAUUUCGCAUGGAAUCAAGCUGUGGUUUUUCCAAUCCUGCCUUUGUCGGCCUUUAACUCAGAUAUCGCAUUUGUUUUUGUUUGUACGGCAACAGGUUGGGCUUGCUUUGGUAUCUGGGUCUUCUAUAUUGGACAAAUAGCGGUCAAUAUUCGUGGCAACACACCCAUACAAAUGGCAGCAUGGUUCGUCCCAGUGAUUCCUGUCGGCUUAGUUUCAGCCCUAGCCGUCGGGAAACUUCUUGGAAAGGUUCCAGCUUCAUGGAUCAUGGUAGUAGGACAGGUAGCUUACCUCACAGGUUCCAUCAUCGCCGCUACAUUUCAACCAAAUUCAACUUACUGGACAUUCUUCUUCUUCAGCGUCUUGAUUAUUACCGUUGGCAUGGAUACCUCAUUCCCUUCAGCUACUAUCAUCUUUUCGAAUGCCGUCCCGCAGCAGUAUCAGGGGAUGGGAGCGAGUAUUGUUAUGACUGUUGUUAACUACAGUAUCUCCCUCGGCCUGGGCUUUGCCGGUACAGUUGAGACAAAUAUCAAUCAUGGAGGGGUGACAAAAGACGAUAAACUUCUCGGUUACCGUAGGGCACUGUGGCUAUCUGUUGGCUUGGCAGGAUUGGGCUUGGUCUUCAGUCUGAUUUUUGUAGCCAAAGGACACUGGAAACGUGGAUCGAAGAACUGA